AUGGAGAAAGAUAUUGAGAACAAAGAGACCCCUGCUCCUGAAGUCGAAGAUACUGCUACUCAGCCAGAUGAGACGAAGGAGAACAAAGAGGAAGAACCUGCUAAGACUCCAGAAGAAUCCCAAGAAGAAGCCAAGCAAGAAAUGAUAAAGGCUCAGAAUGAUAAAAUCAGAGGGUUCAUAGAGAAAGCACAGGAGCUUAAAGCACUUGGAAAUGAGUUCUUUAAGGAAGGCAACUUUGCUAAGGCUAAAUCUAAAUAUGCCUUUGUCUUUUCGUACACUAAAAGUAUCACUGGGGGCAUGAGUGGGGACGACCAGAUGCUUAACCUUGCUAUGAAGGCCAAACAGCAAGAAAUCAGUGAGGAAUAUAAAAUUGCAGCAAAAGAACUUGAACGUGAUGUCAAUAACAAUAUGGCAAUGAUCUUUCUUAAAGAGGGCAACUGGACAAAAGUUAUAGAAAAGACAACCAAUAGCAUAAACGCAGAGAAAAAUAUGAAAGCCUACUUCAGGAGGGGUAAAGCAUACGCUAUGAAGAAUGAUUUUGAAAAUGCUUAUAAGGAUUUUGAAGAGGGUAAGAAGGUCAGUCCUGAUGAUGCUAAACUCUUUGAUACCGAGAUUGAGAAAACCAAGAAGAGAGAGAAGAAGUAUGACCAGCAAGCAGCAAAGAAAUUUUCUGGAUUCUUCGAUAAGAAGGAAUAAU